GCGGGUCCUAUUAAUUAGACUGCCACUAACAACUCAUCACUAGUCCAUCCUUGGAGCAUACACCGCACCUCGCAGACUAGUCUCACCCGUCCUUUGUCGCACGUCCUGCGCGUAUCGCAACCGCCAAACCAUCACCAUGGAUGCUUUUUGUGCCACCUGGAAGCUGAUUGACAGCCAGAACUUUGAUGAGUACAUGAAAGCCCUCGGUGUUCCCUUCGCCACAAGGCAAGUGGGCAACGUAACCAAGCCAACCAUCGUAAUCAGCCAAGACGGAGACAAGAUUGUGGUGAAAACUCAGAGCACAUUCAAGAACACCGAGAUUUCCUCCAAACUUGGAGAUGAAUUUGAAGAGACCACCGCCGACGACAGAAAAGUCAAGUCUGUGCUGACGAUGGACGGCAACAAACUGGUGCACGUUCAGAAGUGGGAUGGCAAGGAGACGAAGUUCACCCGCGAGAUCAAGGACGGAAAAAUGAUCAUGCAUCUGACGUUCGAGGGCGUGGAAGCUACCCGUACGUACGAGAAGGCAUAAAUAAUUCCAUCGAAGCCUGCAUCGAAAUCACUGUUGCGAUGUCCUGCUGCCUUGAUUUGGAUUUGCGCACUCACGUCCCCAUGCAUGGUUUUGAAAGUCUUGCGAUUUUUUAUUUUUACGAAAUGACAAUGCCAGUAAGUUUUCUGUGUGGACGACAUCUUUUAUAAUAUAUUGUUCACUGCACAUCAGCUCUUGUUUGUAUUUCUAAAAAAAUAAACAUGCCUUCGUAUGACUUAA